AUGGGAUCUACAUUUACACAUCAGUGCCUCGCAAGUGGUACAGGCUCAGAGGUUCAGGAGGCUGACUUGCAGAUGGAACCUGAGCAGCUGGCGGAGAAAGCUGCCACCCUUCGUGCAAUCUACGAGCCGCGCUAUGCCUUCCCUGAAUGGACAGUGCACGAGCUGGGCAACGGCAACCUGAUGAAACACGCCGAGAUGGUCACGGUGUACUACCCCAAGGGCUCCAAUCUCCAGGACGUGAUUCGCUUGGUGCGCGAGCGUGAGCCAGUGAACAUUGGGAUGAGGAGACGAUACAACAAAGAGAAACUCAAGGAGGAGUUUGGAUAUGCCACUGGAGCCUAUGGAAAUAGCACGGUAGAGAAGCUGAUGCCCAAUAUUGCCAUGUACUGCAAGACUCCGAUGUCCAAUGACGGCGUGUCCUUCAGAGAAGUUCAUGUCAUCAAUGUUAUUGGUUUUGCCUUUGACCGACAACUGCAACCUGACUAUCAGUACUUCUUCAGCGAUGAUGAGGGAAAGAGGGAAGAGCUUGUGGAGAAGAUGAGCCACAUGUGGGAAUACGUCUUUUUCUGCGCCAAGGAAAAGAACCUGAAGCGGGUCUACUUGGCCCAAGUUGGCGGUGGCGCUUUUGCUUUUCUUCUUGGAGGCAACUUCAGCUAUGACUCCCUGAGGACUGAAUCUCUAGAGCCUGUGAAGGCACGUUAUCCUGAGAUUGAGACCCUCGAGUUGCCUCGUAUUCCAGACUGGGUUUUCACACCAGAAGGGGAAGAGCACGCGGAGACAAGUUUGCUGGUGAAUGCGUGGGAUCCCUGGAGCAUGGUUGGCAAUGGCAACGCUGGGGACAACAGUCUGGAUGGCUUCUUUGGAAGGUCCACAGCGAUGGCUGUGUUGUGCUGGCCUUUCACCAAUCCAAGUCUGCGGCUGAUAGACAGAUAUCAGCCAAUCCCGCCGUCGGCGAGUCCGCAUAGCAACGCGUGA